AGAGCCGAGGCGGACAGUACCCUGGAGAGCGGGGUCUCGAGGUUGCCGGGGCGAGGGGUCCCGGGCGCUGUGGGGGAGGGGCUCGUGGAGGCGGCCACCGCGGGUGGGCAAGGCCUCCUCUGGACUGCCUGUCCCCGCCGAGGACCAACGGGAUCCUGAGGCCGAGUGCCCGAGUUCUGGGUGGCAGCGGUCGCCCGUGGCCGAGGAGGCGAGGCAGCAGUUGUAGCCUCAGUGUCUGAAGUCCCUCCAGGAAACAGUCGGAGGAAAGUUUGGUGGUCUCCUGCGCCGCCUGGUGGCCCCCCACCCAGAGUCCCCUCCCCCGCCCGGCGUCUGGAUUCCACCCCCGCGGCCCAGACCCAGUUGCUCUACCCGUCGCCCUGUCGUUUCCCCAACUCCCACUGCGCCCUGAACUCUCCUGUCCCACAUCCUCCUUUUCACCUUUUCCUUCUGCCUGUUAAACCCCUCCCGGCUCCAGCCUCUUCUUUCCCUCUUGUCUCAUCGUUUUCUUGCUUAACUGUAUUCUCGCACUUUUUUCUUUUCUUUUUUUCCUCCUGCCCCAUCUUCUGCAUCUACUUGUAGCCCCCGCUUGCCUACUACCAUCCCUCCAUCUUAAACUUUGGGUCUUAUGCCCGUCCUCCGAGCUGUGUGUUUUGCCCUUCAUUCCUUGCCCUGAUCUGACUCCUUUUCGCUCACUUACCCCUUUCUAGGCCUAUUUGCUUUCAGUGCCCUCUCUUAGGAUUGAGUGGGUGGGGCCUGGAGUUUCUGCUUUGCAUACAUUCUGGAGUACUGGGCAAGUAGGACAGGUGGAAGAGAUUGUGAAGAGAUUCAUGCAAAGCUGAGUAAGAAUGAAUGGCUCCACCAACACUUACCAUCGCCUCCUGGCACAAGAUGCCUUGUCCUCAGGGGCCUAGCAUGUUGUCCGGUAUUGGAAGAAGGAAUGGAAUUGGAAGAAAGAAGAUUCAUUCCAGAGACAAAAUAGCUUCCCUUUCUUAUUGUAGCUGUUUCCUCUGGGACUAUAAACUUUCUGUUUUCAGGUUCUGCAGCACUCCAGAUCACGAGCACCAAAUCAGGAUGGGAAAAAGACGUUGUGUCCCUCCCCUUGAGCCCAAGUUGGCAGCAGGCUGUUGUGGGGUCAAGAAGCCGAAACUAUCUGGAAGUGGAACACACAGUCACGGAAACCAGUCCACAACUGUUCCUGGCUCAAGUUCAGGACCUCUUCAAAACCACCAGCAUGUGGACAGCAGCAGUGGUCGGGAAAAUGUAUCGGACUUAACUCUGGGACCUGGAAACUCUCCUAUUACACGAAUGAAUCCUGCACCUGGAGCCCUGAGCCCUCUCCCCCGGCCCAAUGGAACUGCCAACACCACUAAGAACCUGGUGGUGACUGCGGAAAUGUGCUGCUACUGCUUUGAUGUACUCUACUGUCACCUCUAUGGCUUUCCACAGCCAAGACUUCCUAGAUUCACCAAUGACCCCUACCCUCUCUUUGUGACCUGGAAGACAGGGCGAGACAAGCGGCUUCGUGGCUGCAUUGGGACCUUCUCAGCCAUGAAUCUUCAUUCAGGACUCAGGGAAUACACAUUAACCAGUGCACUUAAGGACAGCCGAUUCCCCCCCCUGACCCGAGAGGAGCUGCCCAAACUUUUCUGUUCUGUCUCCCUCCUUACUAACUUUGAAGAUGCCACUGAUUACCUGGACUGGGAGGUAGGGGUCCAUGGGAUUCGGAUUGAAUUCAUCAAUGAAAAAGGCAUCAAACGCACAGCCACAUAUUUACCUGAGGUUGCUAAGGAACAAGACUGGGAUCAGAUCCAGACAAUAGACUCCUUGCUCAGGAAAGGUGGUUUUAAGGCUCCAAUUACCAGUGAAUUCAGAAAAUCAAUCAAACUCACAAGAGCAAAGCCAAAGUGCUAUGAAUUCUGUUCUGAUGACCCUGUGAUAUGGCAUAUUCAUCUGGGGAUUGAGACCUUCCUAUAGCCAAGGAUCCAUUAACCUGCUUCAUCAGAAUUUGACCCAGAAUUAGGUAUCGAAGUGAGAAGGUGACAAUCAGUUAUGCAGAGUAUAUUGCUUCUCGACAGCACUGUUUCCAGAAUGGCACUCUUCAUGCCCCGCCCCUCUACAAUCAUUACUCCUGACACAAGGCUACAUGACCAGUCCCACCCCCCUGUGGCCACCAAUGGCUAUGACAUCAUUGGAGCAGAUGCCUCCUCUUCCUGGUCCAGUUACUUCUAUUACUGCACCAUUUUAUGAUGCUAGCUUCCGUUGCCAAGUCUGCCUCCUGCUGACUGGAGGGUGUGGGGAUACAUUGAAUGCAACAGAACAUGAGGGGCCCAAGCCUUAUAUCAGCCUUUCCUCAAUCUGGGGUUCUGUUGGAUCAGGGCUCCCCAGUAACCAGUGAGAAUGGCUGUGUGGGUUCAGAAGACCGUUGUCUGGUGAUUUCCCACAUGUGUUGGCCACACACUGAAAACUGGAAUUGACUGUGAUCCAUGGAGGCUUCUUCUCCAAUCCCCCACAGCCCACCACAUCAAUUAGGUGUACUCCCUGGCAGUCUGGGCAACGGAGACCAACAUGAACCACUUUUAGGUUGUUUUAAAUUCCUUUUUUUUAAACUUCCAGUUUAUUGUGUACCAAGAGUUGAUCCACAACCUCCAUGCUUCAUAAGUGAACACCAUGUUAGGGUUGAAUGUGGGCACCAUGAGCCCCUGUGAGUCCUGGACAAGAUUCUCGUACCAAGAUCAGAAGUCCUGUGGAUGACAUUUCAUUGUACAGUAAGCUGUGAAGGUUUUCAUGCUUACCUGACUCAGUGGACGUUCUGGUACUCUUCCUGCAUUGAGUCUCCUGGUGUUGAACAGAGCUCUGUGGCAUAGCCUGCUGAGGAAUGGAAUGGAGAUGCCUAUAGAGGUCCCAAUGUCAUCAUCGUAAGCAGGUGUGAAAAGAGAUCUCUUCCUCACCACCCGGCUACCUCAACUCCUUUCUGGUAGCAGUGCCUAUGUAGCUGCAUCUAGGUUCUCAGAAGCACAGACAUGUAAACAGGUGGUUGGGUUGGGCUUUAGGACAUACUGUCACAGGAGAGCUUCCAGGGUCUCUGAGCUGGUUUUCUUCACAGGCAAACAUCCUGAGGGACCUUUAAGUAGGGGAGUUCUUUUUUCUGAUUUGCCUGCACAAGUAGGAAGACUUGAUAUAUCAGUCCUCAAUAGGACUCUAGAACAAUGCUGUGUAAUAAAACAAGGUGAACCUUUAACUUGCCUACUAUACUGGGACUCUUCACCUCACCAGUGCAAAUGUUCAAACUGUUCGUGUUGCUCAUUUAAACUCUUGACAUUCCCUCUCCCAUCUUUACUCAUUCCAAAAUAACUGUUAGCAAAUUCUUUUCACUUAUUCGUUGGUAAAACGCAUAGUACUAGGAAACUAGGGAGGUGCUUUGAAAGCUCUGUCUCAAAGGCACUGCACAGGCAACUCAAAGGAAACGGCCGGCUGGAAGAAAGGCUCCUGAGGAUCACCACUGGUUCAGCACCGUUCAUAGAGAGCUCCUGAGGCAGAUGUGGCCUCAACUUGGUGAACAUAUGUUUUGAUUUCUUUUUUAGGAUUGAUGUGGUGAUGAUGUGGCUUCCCAAAAUGGGCAAAUAUUCAAGUCAUAAUAUAAGUUUCUUAUGCCAGGAAUGGAGGAAGGGAAGUAGGGCUACUUCCUAUGUGCUAUUCUAAGUAUCACUUCAAAGUUCCUGGGGGUUUUGUUUGUUUUGUUUUAAAACUGGGCAGAGAGGUACCAGGAGUGGUCCCAGACCUGGAAUGGAUGAGGGAAAUGCUGAUGAUACUGGAAUGCCCAGGGUGCACGCCCCUGAUUGCCAGGUUGGGUUCCUUCACACACACAGGAUCAAGGGGUCUCAUGCUGUUGAGGGGAGGAAGGCUAUGUUAGUGACAUGUGACAGCAGGUGCUCUCAGGUGCCAUGGAUUGAUGCAGGGUGCUCAGCUCUGGACUGAAGCACCCACUUCCAAUUUGUAAAACAGUAUUGAUACAUAGGGCUACACUCAUUACUGUUCAAGCGUUCUAUGUUGAGUUGUUUAAUUUCUAAAGAUUUAAAGCAAAAUGCAAAAAAAAAAAAAAAAAAAUGGUGCUAAACUUCACCCCUGAGCACUCUCAGUGAGACUGGUCAUGCAAGCAUCUACAGUGCCAUUCUCCUCAAGCCUGUUUUUCUUGUAGAAAUGUUGCCCUAUCUUGUCUUCCCCAAUGUAUAGUAUGUAUUUUAUUUUAUUGAGGGUGGGGUAGAAUACUUGCCAUUUAAAAAAAUGAACAGAAAGACUCAGAAAGGUGGGGUGGGGGAAUCAGUAAACAAGAACCCCUCUGGCCAAGUCCGGCAUCACACUGAAGUGGGCUCAAUGGGCCCAGAGUGAAGAAGCCUUACUCCCUGCACAUUCCCUCAUGUUCCUAUAGCAGUGCAGCAGUCCAAAUGCUCAAGUUCCUCCUGCCUUGUCAAGGGGACUUGGAAAUCAGGCAAGGAAAAUUAUUUGGCCCAAAAGAAAUAGGCUCUAUUGGUGUCAGUCCUGACCAGAGCAUAGUCCUUCACAAGCUGAAGUACACAGUCUUGGUCAUCUCAUGGGAACAUGUGGCAGAUAGCUCUCAGGAAAAAGCAAUUGUGGGUUGUCCACUUGGGGGCUUUGCAUAGGGAGGUAAUGCUCUGAAUUAAAACUGAGCUGCCUUCUACACAUUGACCAAAGCAGUGAUAAGGGUGGCCAGUAUGGGGCCAGUUGGUGGUAGUAGAAAGGGACCGUUUCCUGUCCUGGGUUUCCUUUAGCGAUAGGCUGUGAGGUCCCCACUGCCCUCGGAGAAUCAGCCAAACUGUUGGCUUGGUUUGGAAUUUGUUUCAUCCCUAGCUGUGAGUGCCUUUUGGUCUGGAAAGUUGGCUUGUCUCAUCAUACCCACAGCUAGGACAUAUACUCUGUAAUUAUGAAUUGUCCUUGUUUCCCUGAGCUAAAAGCGAAUGUCUUUGAUCAUUAGAGUUUGUUAGUGUUGGGUUGUUUCCACUGUGAGGUUCUUAAAAUGUUUUUGCUUCAUAAUGUUAAAAUAACUCGUUAGAAACCCUUUACACAUGAAAAAGGGUUUGUAGUUGAGACAUUACAUAUAUUUUACUGUUUAUAAUAAAUCAUCUAUACAAAA